AUGGACGGCUCGAAGAUUUUGGUCUUCGCAGAAACCAAAAGAGGUGCGGACAAUUUGACGCGGGACUUGCGAAUGGAGGGCUGGCCCGCGCUGUCUCUACACGGCGACAAGAAGCAAGAAGAAAGGACUUGGGUUUUGGACGAAUUCAAACAAGGCAGAAACCCCAUCAUGGUGGCCACUGACGUGGCUUCUCGGGGGCUGGACGUGAAGGACAUUCGCCACGUAAUUAAUUACGACAUGCCGAACCAAAUAGAAGACUACGUCCACCGCAUUGGCCGCACUGGCAGGGCCGGAGCCAAAGGUCAGCAGCAGCAGCAGCAGCAGCAGCAGCAGCGGCAGCAGCAGCAGGGGCCGCUGCUGCCGCUGCUGCGGGCGCGCAGGGGCAGCGGUAGAGUGUGUGCGGGAGGCAACGCGUACACGUUCUUCACCACGGACAAGCAGCGGCUAGCCAGGGACUUAGUGCGAGUUUUGAAAGAGGCCAGCCAAGUAGUGCCUCCGGAGUUGGAGGCCCUCGUGGGGUACGGGGGGGACUCUGGGGGGGGCCGCUGGGGCUCCCGGGGGGGCCCCCGGGGGGGCCCCCGCGGCGGGGGGGGCCCCUAUGGCCGCCCGGGGGGCCCCAAUGGCAUGCCCCUGGGCCCCGGGCGCUUUUAA